ACAAUGUCCGCAAUUGUGGUCAACGACUUGUGGGAUGAGUUACGGGAGGAGAACCAAUGGCUGCGGCGACGGCUUCGAUACCAGCGGCACAUGUAUGAGCUCUUGGAGGACUUCCGGGUGAACGCCACGGAUCUGUUGACUGAGUGCCGGUGCGAUGGCGUCGGCCAUCGACUCGAGGAGAUAUUCAAAGAGUUUGAGCGACAAUUCGGUUACGUGCGGGUCAGCUAUUGGGCGCCCGGUCUGGACGACGACCACGUGGUGGACACCGAUGAUGAACAGGUGGUCACCGAUAAUGAAGAGUUGGUUAGCGAUGACAAAAAGGAGGUGGAAGUGGUGGACAUCACCAGUGAUAAUGAAGAGGUGGCGGAGACCGAUGAGGGCAUCGGAAUGACACCACCGAUGGUUACGCGGGUUGCGGACAAUCACAUUGACAGCGAUACCGAUGAAGACGUGACUGAAGAGGUUGUGGACAAUAGCGUCGAUUCAAACGAUUCAUGGGUUACCGCCGAUAACUCGCUGCCAAUUGUUGGCCCGUCGACAGAGAUUCCGCCGCCGAUAUUCGGUGGCCAGUUGUCGGCCGCGAGAGUAAUGGCAACCAAUAUGGACGACAACACCUAUCCAUCAGUCGCUGAUUCGAUGGACAAAUCAAUGGCCGAAGAUGUGGUCACAUAUUUGGACGCCAAUCCGGACACAGACGUUGUGAUCGACGUAUCGGUCGGCGACAGGCCGUCAAUAGUGACGCCCAAGAAACUGGUCACCACUUUUGUCGCCACACAUCGGCCACAAAACUUGACAUUUGAUGUCCGCACCUAUGGAUCAGUUGAUGAUCCGUUGGACAAACCGAUCGAAGAGAUGAUAUACACCUAUUUGGACGUCGAUCUGGACACAGGCGUUGUCAUCGACGUGUCCGCCGGUGACCGGCCGUCAACAGUGACACCUAAACCAGUGGUCAUUGCGACCACCGCUGCGACGACUUGUCUGACACCAAAUCCGACUUCAGGUGUCCGCACCGAUGGAUCAGUUGACGAAGAGUUCGACGAACCGAUGGACGAGGAUUUCAAUUUGGGAACCGUUUUGGGCGACAUAUCCGCCACCGAUUGG